UAAUGAGGACUUCCGGUCAUGCUGUCUGCUGUAUCCAAAAUUUACCUUUUUAUUUGUUACUAAACAGUACAUGUUUUAUUUUCAUCUUUUAUAUAGGUCUUAGUUGUUUUGUUGUUAAUGCAAUAUUUUUACUUUAACUUAGCCUAAGUCUUAGCAUUCACUUUUGUUGCCGUUGGUGAAAAACAUUGAAACAAAUUUCAAACAAGACACAUAUCUAGCUAAAGACUAAACACCGACAACAUGCCUUUUAUGAAGGGUAGAGCUGCCAUUAGGCGGACAUUACAAUAUUUAGAAAGAGGCUCAUUAGUUUUAAAUGACAGUGUUCAAAUCAUGACUGUAAAUUAUAAUUCAGGCCACAAAGCGAGCAGGGGAACAUAUGACUUUAUAUUCUGGUAUUUAGGUCAAGUUCAGUUUAAAAAUCCAAGUGUACAGAUCCUUACCUUUAAAAAUAUGACACCAUCACCUUAUAUCAGUUUUUAUUUAGAUAAUGGAGAGAAAAUUUUGGUAGAUGCAGAUUCUAGAGAUAAAGAUGAAAUAUACCAGCAUAUUAAAACAGUCUUAGGAAAAUCAGAAGAAGAUUUACAGAAAGAGGCACUGGCUAGGGAAAAGAAGGCUAACCCUGCUAACUUUGGUCAUGGUUAUUCACGCUGGUGUAUAUGUGAAAUACCUGGACAAAUUCCCUGCCCAGGAUGGGUGCCACUACCAAAAGAAAUGAGAGGAAAGUAUAAUCUUCAAAAAAAGGAUGUUGAAGUGUGAUGUGAAGAUGUGCUUGAAAGAGAAGAGAUUGUGAUAAAGAUAAACGCUAGUGAAAGUGUAAAUAUAUUCAGAUUACUGAACCUACUAUAGUGCUAGAGAGAGUAUAUUAUAUAGGUUUAUACAAAUGAUUAGUAGUAAGCAGAAAUGUAAAAGUGUGUUUAUGACAAAACUGUCAAAGUAUGGUAUUUUUGUGCUGAAUAUGAAAUAUUGUAUUAAAAUUUUCUAGAUAUA